UUUAUAGUAUAAUAACGAAAACAGAUGAUUUUGUUGCCUAUUUAUUUUGUUUUCAUGUAUGAUUAUGAAAGCAGUAAAGUUAAUUGUACCUUAUUGUGUAUCGAGUUAUAUUUUAACUUAGUUUUAAAUAAAAUGAAUUGGAAGUUUUGUGAUGAAAAGUGUCCAGAGUACUAGAGUAGUAGCAAUCCUGCAGUUGCUUCCGUACAUAAUGAAUAACACAGUACUUACACUAAAUUUACCUCAGUCUUGAUGUCUAGAAUGUUUGCAAAUUGCGGGGCAAAAAUUUUAAUGGUGGGCAGCAAAUGCCAACACAAGCAAUUUUGAUUAAGGUUCUUAUGUCCGGAAAUGAAAUCCUGUAAAGUUGCUGGUGCAAACAUUAAAUCACAAAUUUGAAUUUGGCAGGUUUCAGGGGACUACUCCACUGGCUGAGAGGACGUGAAGACCCAGCGCAGUGACGUUCAAAUUCUCUGCUGAAGGAGGUGAUGAGCCAAGAGCAGACUUUUAUUAGAGUCAGUCAAAUGCACAGCAACCAGCAGCCUGGUGUACAACACAGUGGAUGGUUGGGAUGUGUGACAGCUUGGUAGUUUUGGAGUUGUACACAUCGGAUCCAAGUAUCAGCAUUGAAUCUGUGGGAACUACACAGAAACAUGGUAAAAGAAACCUUUGAAACUAGCUUUGAUGACACACCAGUUAUUGCUACAAACAAGCCAUUCUCUUCCCUGCUGGAAGAACGUCUCUUAAAGUUUCAAAAUGAUUCAAGGGGUUGCACUGAAUCGUUGGACCACCUGCGAACAAAACCAAAACCAAAAUUCAGUUUCCUGAGGAAAGGCACAGGACUGGGAAGAUACUACAAAGACCCAAGCCAAAUAGAGAGAUCGACGGGUAAAGGAAGGUGCAAAUUCCGCGUGCCUCAGCGCAGUUUACGUUUGAAACCAGUAGUCGAGAAGCAUGAGCCACGCGAGAAAAGUGCAGUCACGGACACGUGCUUCCCGAGAACCAGGAAUGAUUCAGAACGCGACGUCAGUCAAGACUUGCCCGCAACCAUCUCGGAGCGUGGUCAUACGUGGAGAAAUGCCCUGCAACAGAAGGACUCCGUGCAAUCGUUCAUGGGCAGAACGGCUCAUCCUGAAAUUUCCUACGAGGAUAUUUCAGAUGGGAAUAACACAUUAAAGCAGGAGAACCAGGAACUGAAAGUGUUUGAGUUGCUUGAGCAACAUGCUGCUAAUUCCAGUUUCUCUUCAUCCUCGUCAUAUGUUAUGAAUAUGAUGGAGCGUGCUUGUAGAUCAACACCAAAGAAGGGUGUCACAUCGAUUUCAUCGAGAGGAAGUUUGGAUGUGCAUAAGCAGUAUGCUGAAAACUACAGUAAAUACAUUUCCAUGCAUUCUAAAUCUGAAAAUCUAGCAGCACGUGAAGAAAUGGAAAAUGGUGGAUCCAGUGAUGACGCAUUAGCUUACAGGUUGGACGAUAAUGUUGCGGAAGGGAAAAGUCCACAUGUACAUUUUGCAGAUGAACGUGAAAGCGAAAGUGAUGCGUCUGUGACCUCUGAGAUUGAUGAAAACAUUUCAAAUAGGCAGGACCUUAAAGAUGACUCACCUUGGAGCAAUGACAGUUACUGUUCCACCUGUAGCGAAGAUGGUGAAGACUCACGUGCCAAUAAAUUACCAGAUGCUACUCGUGGUAGCAAUACUCUUCCACAAGUCUGUGUUGAUGGUUCAGAUAUUGAUUACAGUAAAUAUCCUUCCAUCUCUGUGAAAACUCUGAAAGGAAUUUUAAGUCCCACGAAAAAGCCUUACAACGUUUCAGAAAUGGCUCGCUCUACAGCUGUGGCCAAGCAUGCUGAAAGUAAAAGAGGAAAAAAUAAUUUGAGUAGCGUGGCGAUUCAGACUGAUGAUACGGAAUUAAUAUUCAAAAGUGAACUCCUGAUGUCUCGUUUACAAGACUUGGAAGAUGAAAUUCAUACACUUCAAAAAGCAAAAUUGGAACUUGCAAAGAUGAGGAAAGAACAUGAAGAUAAUGUCCGUAAGUUUACUAAAGAGAAAAAAUCACAAGAGCAGAAGUUAAUAGAAGAGGAAGAAAGGAUAAAAAGUAUGCUUGAAGAGGAAAAGAGGAGACUAGGAAAAGAAAGGUUAGUCCUGCAAAAACAUACAAAAAAUUUGAAGAAUAUGCCUACGAAAGAAGAACGGGAACAAAUUCAAGCUUUAAAACAGCAGAUUGCAGAGCUGCAGAGUGACGUGCACAAGAAAGAGAGCAGGUGGACUGCCUUCCAGGUGCGCAGCAGGGACAAAACAAAAUGCCUCGAACGGGAAAACGCCAAAUUGAAACAGGAGCUGAACGAACUCAAGGAGAAAACCCAAAAGCAGCUGAAAUUAUAUGGAACCUCCAGGUCACGUGCAGAAAAUCCUACAAAAAUUAUUAAUUUUAUCAACAAACAAUUAGGGUUAUUGACCACAAUGAAUUCUAAUAAAAUUGUGAGUCAUGAUAAAACAAAUGAACUUUUAAGAUACCAGGAUAAGAAACCUGUACAAGGAAAAUUGUUUGGGGAAAAGCCGUUUUUUGUUGAAAAGCCAGAUGCUUGUAAAAAAUCAGUUUGUGGUGAAAAACAGUUACCUUAUGGCAAUUUCACAGAAACUACCUUUCCGAAUGGUGAUAUUGAACAGAAGUUUGAAAAUGGGCGGACAAGGUUUUAUUAUGCAUCAUCAAGGACUUUUCAGACCACAGAAAGUAAUGGGACAAUAAUAUAUGAAUUUCCAAAUGGACAAACAGAGUACCAUUACACUGAUGGCUCCAAGAAGGUGACUUUCUUUGAUGGUUCUAUAAAGCUUAUAUACACCACAGGCCAGGAAGAAUGGGUGCUUCCUGAUAAAACUCGCUGGACAGUUAACAGCCAUGGAGAGAAAGUUGUGACUCUGCCAAACGGAGACAAAGAAAUCUACACAGACGAGUACUCUCGUCGAGAAUACAGUGAUGGAACAGUCCGAACGUUGUUUCCAAACGGGAGGACAGAAACUCGCUAUCCUAAUGGAAGACUACGUGUAAAGAAUGAACAAGGGGACCUGAUUUUGGAUAUUAUGGAUACAAAUGAAAUAUAUAUUUUUUCAACACAGAUUGGUAACGAGUAGGGACCUUAAAAAUUUAUGUUAUUAUUUUAUGUCUGUCUAGACUGCAAACUUUUUACAUGUGAAUAACCUUUGUCAUUGGAUCACAAGUUAUUUGACAUGCCCUGAAAAACUAGAAGCCAGUGACAAACACCUAAAAACUCUUCUGACUGGAUUAAUAAUGACACGGAGAGAAGUUGAAAAGUAGCAGCCGAUGAGCACAUGACAUGGACUUUAUUAUGGAUAUGAUUGUGGAGUCUAAUUUGGCAUCAGAAAUAACGUGAACUUCGCAGGUGUGUUGUAAUGAAUAUUUACAUUGUUUAUUAACUGUUUAGCAGUGGUGUAGCCUGGGCCAUCGAGGGGGGGGGGGGGGAAUUCCCUGGGCCUGGGCGCCGGGCAGAAGGUGGGGGGUUGUUGAGUUACAAGAUUGUUAAUAUAAUUCAUAGGAAACCUCACAAGUUAUGUGAUACAAGUAGAUCACAUUUACAGUUGUGGCCAUGAUAUUCUCUGUGUGUUAUUCCAUUUUUUUUUUAUAAUGUUGAUACUGAAAAGCGGUACAUUAGAUAAUAGGGAGGGGGCGCAACAAAAUAAUUUGCCCCUGAGGCCUUAGUAUCGCUUUCCUGCUUGGGCAUAGCGUCAUAAGACGUCUGGACAUUUGGCUUUCCCUUGCAAAUUAGUAAGUUAUAAAAGAUACAUUUUCAAAGAUUAGCUAAUCAUCGUACAUUCUCUUGAGCAUGCAACUUAGCUGGCAACCAAGUGUUACUUUGGUUGUUACUUUUUGCCAUUCUCACCCCAGGCGUAUAAUGCACCGUGUUCAUACGCCAUUUCCGGCUGGUGUUUGCUCUGUGUAAUGAAAGCGAAAUAAGUGAAUGCCUACUUCAUCCAAACUGAAACAAUUCAAAUUGAAAAUUGUGAAGUUGUGAUUUUUAUUUAUUUAAUUAUGUUUUAUUUUUUAUUGGUCUUAUUAAAACCACUGCAUUAUGCUUUUAGUCUGUUAGAGGUUUGGCUUGCUAACUAGACUUAACCUAAACAAACUCAGAACCUUUUGUACCAAAGUUUGCUCUUGAACCAACUAUGCUACUAAGAUUGAAAUGAAGUUUAAUUCAGUUUUUUAUAAGUGUCUUGAAUAAAUGAUAAUGUAGUGCCAAGAGGGAGGAGUUUCUUCUACAACUUUCAUAACAAUGAAAUUAUUACACUGGGCGUAAAUUUAAUUGCUAACUUGCGUAAAACUCUAAAACUCUUCUGUCACAAUGUUCUGAUGAAUAAUAUAAUUUUUGUUAAGACAUCCCCUGUGCAUCCUUCCAUCACAAUACUUGGCCAUUAAUUGGCAACAGGAAUAUAAAAUUCUUCUGUUUCUCAAUUCUUUAAAUAGUAAACAUAGAAAGUGUCUGCGGCAUGUAAGGCACUGGAGGCAAAUAAAUUCUGAGUUUGUUCCUUAGACUAGAACUUGGCUGAUUCCUAUAUUGACGUCCCUGGUCUGUGUUGGUCGUAAAAAUGAAAAUGUUGCCAACCGUAAGCACAUGAAUAAAGUGUGGAAACAGUUCUAGUUUGUUAGAUUAAGAAACAAUGAUGUGUUCAAAUUUUUUUCAAGAUUAAAACUUACAACUUUUAAAUUAAUUUUAUAUUGAAAAAAAAAAUCAAAAACAAAUGAAUUCCUCUUUGUUAAGUGCAGGAACAUGUACGUUGACAGAGAUAACAAGGAUACAUUAGUAGGUUUUGUGCUGUGCCAUAUGUCGCUUGGUAAUUAAAUAAUUUAAUUGAAAGAACAUAUCUAUUUCUUCAAUUUGAAAGGGUUAAUUUUAAUGAUGAUACUAAAAAUAUAAUCUGGACAACAACGACAAUACAGCAACCCAGCGAUUAAAUUAAAUAUAGUAUGUCCAUAAAUCAUGGUGCACUUUUGACCAGUCACAGGAAAGCAACAUAACAUAAUAUACAUAAGUGUGAAAUCUUCGCCAAUUAACUCUGGAGAUUUUAACUUUUAAUUGGCGAAGAUUUCACAUUUCUAUUUUCUUUUGUUGCUUUCCUGUGACCGGUCAAAAGUGCAUGAUGACUUUACGGGCACACUGUAGAUAUUCUGGCAACGCAGUGACGACAGCACAUACGAACACAGAUGCCUUCCUAAGGCAGUUGCGAUAUUUUGGGAACUGAGAUCUGUUCCCCUUCAUCAGCUUUAAUCAUACUUCCACGGACGUAUCUGUGCUGCCUAUGCAUUUUACAUUUGACAUCAGCUAAUUUUGUCCUGUUUUCUGAGUGUUUGUGUACUCGUCUAUCUUUGUCCAUUCUGCAGGUUUUCUGUAUGACAGUCAGUGCAAACCAGCAAUGGCAAAUGUCCAAAAUAAUGUUUGAAAUCAAUUUUCUCCAUUGCAAGAAUCAUUCAAAGAACUUAGGAAUAAAUUGUGUUGGUCAAUGGACAGGUAGAAUUUGACGUACACCUGUCUGUAAUUUAUUUAAUCUGCUCAUUACUUAAAAAAAAAAAAAAAAAAAAAAAAAAAUUACGUGACCAUUUCUCUUCUCGGAAGAAUGCUGUUCAUUGGUAUAAAAAAAACACUGGUGUUAGUUUAGUUAACCAAAUGACCAAGUUAAAUGUGGCUUUUACUGUAACUUACUUCUUGUUUGCCUUACAAGUUACUUUCAUUCCUUACCUAUCCUGAUGACGAUUUACUUGUCUGAAAAAGCAGAUAGGUGUUAAAAUCGAACCCUGACUAGUACCUAUUUCCUGUGUUUAUACUUUUUGUCAACUAUAGGAUACGUUUUAAUUUAACCUACAAGUGAUUAUUUAGGUACAAGAAGAUUCAACUUUUGGUGUUGAUAACAUUUCUUGUCAUUUUCGAAACCUCGAAAUUCAGAGUCCCAUUUAAACUCAUAUUCUCGACCCUUCAUUCAAACCAAGGUACAGUGAAGGCCAUGUCACUUUGAUGGCCCCAGCAUGCAGUAUAGGUGCGAUGUUAUUCAAAAAUAUUUUUCAAAUAACAAAAAUGAACAAUGUCAGUUCAAACAAAAAUAAAAUACUAAACGUUACCUGGGAGGUUACUGUGCGAAAAUUCCAAAUAAAUUAUGUAUAGCAUUACAACAUGUAGUACAAAUUAUUUUAAUAAUAAUUCAAUUAGAAAAAUAUAGUUUAUUACAAAGCAUACUAUGUUGUUGAUAGAUUUGGAGCAAGCUUGAUAUUAAUUUAUUAUCUUACUGAAGCAAGAAUAAUAUUAAUCUGAGAUUUUGAAAAAUGUAUGGAAUUAUUGUUAUGCAAUGUGUGUUAGUUAUAUAAUUUUUUUUUAUUCCAUAAAAUAUAUUAUUGUACAAAGUACAUUUCACUUGUGUUUUAACAAGUUGUGCUGUUUGUUUGAGAAAUGUUAAUAUCUCUUUGUAUGUAAUAUAUAAAUAGUUGAUUAGUUUUUUAUGUAUGAUUGUAUCUCUUAUAGUAGGCAUUUACAAAAAGUAUUUAGCUACGAGAUCUGGUUAGCUGUUUUAUUUGAUUGGUUUUAUCAUUUUUGAAUGCUUUAAAAGUGUCAUCUUUUAUUUAUUUCACCUUAAAAUACCUGAUACACAUCAUAUAUAAAUAAGGUGCCAUCUUACAUCACACUGUCUGCCAUGGGUGCUAACCACUGCACCUAUAAAUAACACCUCUCCCUUUUGCAUCACCUCAGGUUUCCACUAUAGUUGUUAUCCUUCGUACAUCUUUUUCACCAUCACCCUCCUUCCACUUCUGGUCACAUAAUAAUCUUUGCUUCUAACACUACUCCCCCUACUUGCAGUGACCCAGGUGGUUUGUUUUCCACCAUCUGCCAAGUGUCUAAUGUUGUCUCUUCCUGGAUUAUAAUUUAUUACCCCCUCACUGUCCUUAUCACGAAAUCCCCUAAAAUCUUGUGUGUCAGUAUCAGUACUUCCUCUUCUGCCCUGCACUGUAGGACUUGACUGACCUCUCGCAUCUAGUUCUGCACCCAUCCUAUUUGGCUCAAUCCUUUCAACCUUAAAAGGUGCAAAUCAAUGGUGUUUCUUCGGACCACUCUGCCAGCCGUCUUUCCUGACAAGGUGUGGCCUUAGUGCUCAGCAUUUUGAAUAUUUGUAGUUCAAAGACCUUUCUAUAGUCUGUUUCACAUUUACAUAACUGUUUCUAUCAUCUUCCUGUAUAUUAAUAGUUGACAAUGCAUUAUGAUGCACUGCCCAUGAUUUUCAUAAAAGUGAAAUCUCAACCUCCUUCUGGUCAUUGUCUUGUUUCAUGCUGACAAGGUAGUCCUCAAAAUUCAGACUCCCAAAACUUACAGUCUACAUAUGCAUUCUUACUGUGCAAGUCCAAGUCAGGUAGCAACCUAACUGCACCCCCAUGGCCGUUAACAACUAUAAUCUUUACCGGUUUUCACUGCUUUUACUGGCCUGGUCACAAAUUCACUAGUUUUAACCUUUUCAGUUAAUACCAAAUCCUGUCGACAGCACAUUGUUUCAUCUUUUUUUUUUAUUUCAUCGUAUAAUAUCUGUACAUCACACUGUCUGCCAUGGGUGCCAACCACUGCACCCAUAACGAAAAUAUAAUCUGGUAAAAAAAUAGUGAUAUUCAACAAUAAAAUGUAAAAAUCUUUUGUGUUAUAAAAUGUGAUACUAAAUUAGCAUGAUGACAAAGAGUAUUUAUGAAAUUAUUUGAUCUAUAAUAUACAAAAAAAAUCAAUGUUAGAUAGAGAAAUCAGCUGUACUUAGCCCUACAUUCUUGCAGAGCUCUAAAUACAAAUUUAUAUUAAAUACAAUGAAUUUCAUUGUUUCCAAUUUUGAAAAAUCUUGUUUCUACUUUAAAAUUUUAUCUGCCAUAUGCUUUGAACACUUUUUAUUAUUAUUCAUUUAAUGAUGCUGAUGUUCUGUUAUUUCCAUCCCAUUUAACAUGUGUCGUCUCUUGAAACCAGUUUAUUCUAUUGUGAAGGGUUAGCCGAGAUUGGAUCAAGAAAGGAUUGUUGUAAGGGGUGAACUUUCAAAACACAAGUACACCGAGAUCAAUUAGUUUUUGAACAAACAAAGUGAAGUUUUGCUUUACCAGGGUUACCUUUUUCACUUUUCGUUAAUACCUUAAUGGUUUGAGUGGAAACAUGAUUGUUCACUAUGCUAACCAACUUGGGAAGUAACCGAAAUUUGUUGCUCAUGCUAAUUUUUCAACAACAAAAAAAAUAAUAUAUAUAUAUAUAAUAUAUGUGUGUGUGUGCGCGUGCGUGCGUGUGUGCAUGCGUGCGCGCACUUACCAUUGAACACUGUCAACUAAAUUAUUGAGUUAUAUGUACUGAAUACCUACUUAUAAUAUUUUUUAAAAACUUUGAUUCAAUUUUGGUUUUUAUAAGUAUAUGUCCAAACAACAGAAGUGGUUUUAAGAAAAGGUUUUCCAGGAAAACUGAAUGCUGACUUAAAGCGGAAUUUUAAAUGCUCUAUAGCCUAAGAAGUAGAGUUUCUUAUUUGUUUCCAAGCAGUAAUUGAAGCUUUUCUUCCAUACUAUCUUCAUAAAACUUGGUAACUGGGGUGAAAUGCCAUUAGUCCAAUUUGACUUUUCUUAAUGGGCAUCCAGUUGUGGCAGAGAAAAGCAAUAUGCAGAAAUGAGCAUUCAGAAAUCUUCAAAGUAUGUCCUCAGAAUUUAAUUUACAGCAAUUUUUUUGUGUUUUAUCAUGGACAAUUAAUGAUGUUCUAUAGAGUACAAAAGUUAAUAUAUUUUAUUGUAAUUAAUAAUGAACAAGAUGUACG